UACUGCAGAGGCUUCCACUCAGUUUCGAAGCAGAAAAUUAUUCCUGGUUCCACUGGGGCUCGAACCCAGGACCUUCUGCGUGUAAAGCAGACGUGAUAACCGCUACACUAUGGAACCAGCUGAUUGUCCUUUCCGAAGUGUAGCAUAAUAAAGAAUACGCGAUACAUCUAACGUGGCUAAUAAUUGCUUGUUUUUCCAAUAUGAUGAAGGAAAGCCGCUUCGAGAGUCCGCUGGUAUUCGCUGCUCUUUCAAGCGGUUCCCUGUGCUUCGCUGCUUUUUAGACAAAGUGACGAUGAGUGUCAGUCUCUCCCACAUAUCACUGUAUUUGAAGGAGAACUCUCACCUGACUGACGCAGAUACCCCCUAAGGCAUGUUGUGCUAAAGAAACACCUAUGCAGGUGGAUCCCACACUAAUGAAUGUAGGGGAUGGAGGCACGGUGAGCAGAGAGAUCAGUGCUCCAAAUAAAGCGUCUGCUAGCAUGGUGGGAAAUCCCCCCCAGACGCUCCCCCCUGAGUUCAGAGGAGAUGUUGCUCUCAGUCAGCAAAAUAAGACAACUCCAACAAAAGACUGUAAGACUGUAAAAGCCUGCCCGGACAACUACAACCACAGCCCCGAACUUUCUCCACCGCAACUGCCCAACAAUGCACCAAUGUCCGGCUUGGUCCUCACCAGCUCAGAAAAGAGAACAGACAAAAGAGCAGAAACCUCUAAGCUCAAAGCUGAUGGUUCUGGGGUCUUCCCCACUCCUCAGUGGUCGAGUGGUGUAAAAGUUAGCCAGGAGGAUUCACUCAGCCCCUGUCACAGCAAUGUGACAUCCAAUAAGAAAUCCCAUUCACAAACACAAUCUGUGCAAAGUGUCCCACCUGGGUUUCAGUGCUCUGCCAUGUUUAAACCAGCCCAGCCUGUUGCCUUCCUUCCCACAGCAAAUUUUUCCUCUCCACUUUGUAAAAUGAAUCUUCCACCAGCAUUAGGUCAGAUUGCAGCAUUGAGAGAAGCCCCAGCCACGCAGUUUCAGAAAGAAAGCCAGCCUCAAAGCUCAGGUGUUGCUGGGCCACCUCUCAUGCGGACCUAUCCCUACCCGUUGUCUGUGGCCCGGACUCCGGCUGCAGAGAAAAAGACGGGCACGUCGACCUCAAAACUCAGAUCUAACCACGCAUCAAGUAAGAAUGCUAAAUCUGUUGGAGAACAUAAAUCUUUAGCUUCUGUGGUAGCCUCACCAGCUAUUGCCCUACCAUUGCAACAUCCAUCAUUAACUUCAGCUGCACCCACUCACUACACCUUGUCUCCGACUGCUGCCAUUUGCUGUGGCUCUGCUCUGGCCAACAUCGCCUCACAGAGCAGAAUGCUGAACCAUGUAGAGAAAAGCAACAGCAUAGAUAAGACAACCAUGGGCUCUCUAAAAACCACACCUCCUGCAACAGACGACCACACAGUCUGCUCAGUUGAAUCAAGAGAUGUACCUCUUGAUUUGUCCGCCAAAUCAAAACGCCCUAAAUGCUUAAAUGACCCUCCUGUUACUAUGAUGGAAUCCCACAAUAAUGAGUCAAAUCAGAGAGAAUUUCUGAAUUCAAAGAAGACUCAUUCUGCAAAUUACGGCUCCGCUCUGCAAUACCCCAUCUUACCAAACACCCACCGAAAUGGAUCUCAUCAAAAGCAAUUAAAUAGGUCUCAGAAUCACCAGAUCCCAGAGGUCAAACCAGCCUGGGGUAAGGGAUCUUCACAAGAUUCAAUAAAAAACAUCCCUGGUACAUAUGUGGGAGUUGCUAGUCCAAUAUUGGCUUCUACUCUAAGGGGCAAAGAUGGAAAAGGGACGUUUGUGGAUGAAUUUCAGAGUUUUGCAAAGCAGGAGUUUAUAUCUAUAAUUGACCAGGGAGAACAUCUGGCCACAGGAGGAAAGAAGCCAUCCUGUCUGAUGAAGGGUAACCAACACACUCACAGUGUCAAGCAUGUUAAAAACACCAGCACAACCAUAACUAAGAACUGUCCCUCAAAAGGAGCCCUAACCACUGCGUUGUUAAGCUCAACCAAUGCUCAAAUUCCUCAGAAAUGUGGGCCUGGCAAAACAGCGGUACCAUACUCUGCUCCCCUUGUCAGUCCAGCUUGGCAGCAGGCAUCUCAUCUCACAUCAUCACAUCAAGCUUCUUCUAAUCAUCGAAAAAUCACACAAGGAUCUCCAAAGACUAAGGGCACCGCAGUUACAGACAGUUGUAAGUUUCCAAGUGCCCAUCACAGCCCGUCCAAACCUGAGGAUGAUAAGUGGGAGAGAAUGAAGUCUCCUCUGUCUAACCUUGCGUCCAUUGUAAAGCAGCAAGCUCUUGAUACAACAACACUGACGGAUGAAGGUAAUUCCCAAGCAUCGCCUGUUGCAUCACGAAAAGCUGAUGGUCUGAAUACACUCACGGGAAAUCAAGACAUACAAUCUAAGCAUACCUCUACUUUUGAAUACCCACCAUGCUGGUCUGUGGAAAAGUGGCCUAGUGCACCAUCUCAAGGGGAUUUCACUCAAGCUAUGAAAAGACAUGACAAGGCAAAUGCCGCUGAGCUUUUGGAGAAUAACACUGACAUGCACACCAGUCAGGGAGAGCACAUGGGACUUCAGGUGAAGCAAGGCUCCUCAAAGCCCGCAGGCCAGUCUCAUCUCUACGGGAGCAGUGCAUCAACAAAUGGGAACAGGAUGGAGAGUAAACUAGCCCAGGUGUUAGAGGGGGAGAUAUUGAGGAAAGAAAGUGGGCCGUCAGACAGUCCUCCUGGUGACAAAUUGGAGGGCAUGGCUGCAUCUAUUCUUACAGGCCAGUGUGCAGGGGGAGGCGACAAGUUUGAGAAGAAAACAAACGGAACCAAAGAGGAGUCGCCAACCAAAGCAAAAGCUGCUGCCGUCAAACAAAAGAAGAACAGUCCUAAGAAGCCAGCAAAAGAGAAAUCUCCAACAGAUGCAUUACAGAAGGCUGCAAGAAGGAAAAAGCAAGAGACAGAAAAUACUCCAACCAAAGUGUCCCCUAAAAAGAAGAAGAAACAAUGUGCACCUGUGCUGGAGCAGAGUCUGUCAGCGGGAAAACCUUCCCCUCCAACUAAAGAGGCGAUUCCAAGGGAAAAGAUCAGUCCCAGCAAGGCCGAGCAGCAAACCUGCAACAAAUCAGUUCCAGAUAGCAGUCCUCAGACUUUGGAGACUUCAGCGUCUCUCAUUAGUCCCGCCGUAUCCACCAAGGAGGCCGAAGCCACAGAGUGCUCCUUCCCAAGACUGAGGCGAAGGCGGCGGCGAGUUGAUGACGCUCGACUUGACCUCUGGGGCUUUGCGACGCCCUCCCCUCCACCCCCGCCAAUGCCUCCUCCCCCAAUAUCCCCUUCGCCCUCUCUGACUCUGCCCCAACCUGUUCGCCGUCCGAGAGGGAGGCCUCGAUCAAAUCCUCUGCCGGAACGUACGCUACAGGGCAAGGGAAAAACAUCUGGCGCUGAGGGCGAUACGCCAUCUCGUAAGAAACGUCGGCGAUGUCGUAAUAAGAAGUAUCAGACUGGGGACUACAUCACAGAGAAAGACAAGCUGGAAGAUGGAGAACACCUCGAAGAAUCUAACUCUCUGAUAAAGGAUGCUGGAGUCCCAGAAGUUCCACAGGUGGAACAUUGUCCGAGUCCCGCUGCCCCCAGUCCAGAGCCUCUUCCCAAGAGACCGUCAGUCACUCGCUCAGGAUCGGUUCGCUACCAGGAGAGUGAAGAAUCUCCAGAGUGCAAUGAUAAGCCUUCAGGGAAGAGGAAGUGCAAAAGCAAACACCUAUGUGACAGUGAUGAGCCGAAGAAUAAGACCAAACGCUGCAGUUUGGGCAAGAGUAGCGCCUCCCUCACCUUGGAUGAUGAUGGAGCUGAUGCAAAAGUACCAGUUAGCCCAUCACCAGCUCCAAAAAGUUUGCCAUCCUCUCCAUCUAAAAAGAAAAGCUCGUCAGGACGAAGCAGCGGUCCAGAUUCUCUGACCAAAAGGCCCGUUCCGCCAGAGGUUCGCCGGCUGAUUGUCAAUAAAAAUGCAGGGGAGACGUUGCUGCAACGUGCUGCGCGCUUGGGCUAUCAGGACGUAGUCCAGUAUUGUCUUGAAAAGGACAUCCGGGAGGUCAAUCGGCGUGAUAAUGCCGGUUACACAGCUCUCCAUGAGGCGUCCUCCCGGGGCUGGACUCAGAUUGUCCAGAUGCUGCUGAACAAUGGUGCAGAUGUCAAUUGUAGUGCUCAGGAUGGAACACGCCCACUUCACGAUGCAGUAGCAAGUGAUAACUUACCAAUAGUCUGGUUGCUUCUGAACCACGGUGCAGACCCAACUCUGGCGACCUACUCUGGACAUACACCAGUCAAAUUGGCACAUAGUGCAAGCAUGAAGAAGUUCCUCACAGAAUAUUUCACAGACCUGGAAGGCCGCAAUGAACAGGAUCCUAGUUUACCCUGGGAUUUCUACAGCAGCUCGCUGUUCGAGACUGACCAGGAGCCGUGCUGGGACUUCCUGCUGUCUGAGCAGAACCAGGAGUUGGAGGAGAAUGUAACGGGGAAGACCGAGCAAGAGUCGGACAAAGAUUGUCUUAUGUUCGAGUUCUCCUCGGAGCCUCUGCUACCCUGCUAUCACGUGCAGGUGUCAUUAACACAGGGUUUUUGCAACUGGUUCCUGCUGACGGAUGUCCUGAAGCGCCUGAAGAUGUCUGCGCGGAUUUUCCGGGCGCGGUAUCCACACUUGGAGGUGGUGAGUUUGUCGCACGCUGAGCUCUGGAGGCAGGUAUCGGUCAGCCAGGUGAGCUCCGCUUUGGUUUCUCCCUACAAAAGCAAAACUAAGGAGGAAGAGAAAGAAGAGGAGGACGAAGACGGACUUGUGGAUCUGGUGCGUUGUGUACCGGAGCUCCAGAGACUACUGGGUUCCUCGAUUCACAUCCUACAAGAGGACGAGGAGGAGGAAGAGGAAGCGGUAGUGACAAACACAGGGAAGCCUCACAGCCGAUAGCCUCUCUUGAGCUGCGCCCCAGCACCACGCAAACUGUCAUUUUGUCAGCCUUCCCUCCAGGCAGCAGCUCAGUGGAAACCUCUCCGUCCGUUGUAACGAGGGUCAAAGAUUUUAUCUCCAGCUACAGUAACGACUGACACUCCACCGAUGACCUCUGACCUUUGGCAGAAGUCAUCUGAAGGACCUGCACACAGGAGUUGUCGAUGCUGGAUAGCAGCUUUCAGGUUCCUAUCUAUAGGUAUAUUUGAAUACAUGAGAACUAUUGAGUAAACCUUUUUAUUAAUUAUGUAUGUACAUGGUAGUGUAUAUGUAUAUCUUGCCAUCAGGGUAAACACAUUUGAUUCUAUAAAUGUAUUCUUGUGGCAGAGGACGGAUAAUGUUUAGGACUUUUUUGUUUUAGUUUGUUCCUGAGGGAAAGCGAUAUUUUUCGACGGGAGAUAAUCCAAGGCUUUUAUCUUGGUGAAGUCUUGCGUACAGCUAAGACGCUUAAGUCAGGGAGGCCAUUGGCCCAGAUGGUUUCUCUGUCAACCUGAGAGAUCUGGAGACCUGCAGAGAAGAGAUCGUGGCACAUAACAUUCAGACCUAAUCACCUGCUCAGAGCCUCCUUUCCAUUUUUCACUUCCGGUGUCCUCGAGAUCAUUUCUGAAUGGACCUGAUAAUUUAAAGUGUUGAUUUUUUUUCCUGUGCAUUUCACAUAGUGAGGCAGGCCCGCGAAAGCUGUUCCGGUCCCUGGUUGCAGUAUCAAAUAAGGCUGUUUCGGACAUUGAGGCGCAGAGUUUGUUUACAGAACUGGACAGACAGUAGUCUUCUCUACGCGUCCUAAUACAGAAUCCUGUGGAUCUCUCUCAGAGGAAACUUUCUACCAUCUCUGGAGUCCAGAGGAGCCACGACGGUCCCCCAACUUCCCAAUAUGGUGUUUCCAGCUCCCAGAGUGCUUUGUGUUGCAGUGUUUUAUUUACACUGUUUGUUGUGCUUAAUUUAAUAGUCAUUAAUAUAUUUGAUCUCUUGUGUAUCUGACAACCCUAUCUAUGAAAAAUACUUUCUAUGGUUGGUGCUUCAUUCUGAAAUGUACUUAUUAUUAGGAUCCCUUUAUUCUGAGAUUUCCCUCCUUCAUUCAAAAACAGUAUUUCAAAAACAAAGGAGAAAAAAAAGAGAGAGAAAAAAAGCAAAAGUACAGUUUUAUUGUACUGGUGCUACACUAGAUUUUGUGUUGACAAUCAAUGAAGUUUUGGUUUGAAGUCACAAACUAACAAAAGAUAUUUAAGAUGAAGAGACUUAAGGUGUAAAGAAAAGUAUAGUUUAGUUAAAGAAAAUGGGAUACAACAAGUGUGAGAUCUUCAGAGAGCCUUUUAUUUGAUUCUUUUAUAAGAAAUAAACAAGAAUAAAGCAUGAUUGUGAAUCACAA